AUGAAAAGGAAAGAAAUACUCACAGUAACAGUGAUACUGCUCGUUUAUGUCAUUACACAACAGUGGUCGUCUCUCUGUUUUAGGAGGACGCACAAAGUUGCUCAGAUCCUAAAUGAAUAUCUCUUCGAUGGAUACAGUAAAGCAGUCAGCCCUUGCUUCAUAAGAGCGGUAAAAUAUGAUAAGAAGCGCAAAUGCGCUCUAAAGGAACACAGGAAUAAAAUUAGGGAUGUGGUUAGGCAUUCGGUGAAUCUUCCCGUUCAGGUUAUGCCCACCACGUAUGCCAGUUUCGACAGGCAAAAAGAUAUACAGGAUCUCUGGAAUAGCGAACGGGUUUACGAAGAACGGAACUUUGCCAACGUGAAAAGGUGCAUACGGGAUGGAAGGAAGAAGAAGGAAAAAAAAUCUAUCCUUAGAGAGGAGAAAAAUGGGUUCAGAAAAUGUGGAGCGCUAACGGGGAGAAAAAAACCCGCUCAGACAGAACCAAUGAUUAAGAAAAAAAAAGUCAUCACAAAUUUGAGAUGGACAGAAGUGAUUGGCAAUAUCUCCAACAAGGGAAGGCGUACCCAGGAUGGAUACAGAAGAGACAACUAUGUAGAUCCAUUUGGAAAAUCCAUCCCUCAAAAUCUUGAAAAAAAGAAAAGACUAAUCCAUUUUUACAAGAAGGUAUAUCGUAAAAUACGCAUAAUUCACGAUGGACCACCCUAUGCAAACAACGAUAUUCACAUAGGGCACAUAUUAAAUAAAAUUAUAAAGGAUAUAUAUUUAAAAUAUUUGUUAAUGAGGAAUUAUUGCGUGAUGUUGAUACAUGGGUUCGAUACGCAUGGGUUACCUAUAGAAUAUCAGGUGAUGAAAAUGCUGAACAUUAAAAACGUGCAAGAGAUUAGUUUGCCCGAUUUUCCCAAAGGUAGUAAUAAGCAAAACUUCCAAAUUUUUAUACUCAAUAAGGGAAAGAUACCAGAGGGGCGAAGUGAAGAACAUUUCCUUACCAGGUGGCUAACGAAUAAAGAGAAACGACAUAACAUGGAGAUGUAUCCGAAUCGGUUGUCAGAUAGACGUUCCACCUUUUUGCGUAACCUAUUGCACCGUGAAGAUGUCCCUCUUGUUAGCCUUAGCCAAACGGAGAAAAAAAUAAUGUACUUCAAAAGUUUAUGCAAAUCAUACGCCUCCCACUUUAUCAACGAACAGUUCAUGUCUCUGGUCUCCUACGGUAUAUGGGGCUUGUGGGAUUAUACCUACGUUACCUUUUAUAAUAUCUAUGAGGCAAUUCAAAGGGCCAUCUUUCGGAGCCUCCUGAAGCACAAACACAUCUACGUGAGCAACCGACCAAUAUACCACAGCUAUGCGACGCAGACGGUUUUGUCAGACAGUGAAAUUAUUUAUAAAAGACGAACCUGCAAUUCCUUCUACUUCUUUUUCGACAUGAAAGGAGUGAGUGAUUCCUUAGCGCUGAAACUUUUGGGAGCAAGUGCACGGAACGAACCCAUCAGGGAGAUGCUUCAGGUCGGAGAUCACCCAUUGAGUGAUCACGAACUGGAGGUUAUUUGCACCAAUUUGGGUUCUUCUCCCAGGGGAGUCUCCAGCGAUGAGAAAGUACUAAGAGAGUUAUUAGACCGAACAAAGGAAAUGAUAAAGAGGAAAUUGAAGAUACUUGUGUUCACUACCCAAAUGUAUACCAUCUUUAACAACAAGUGUUUGUUGAUGCAUGCAGAAUAUAUAUAUGAAAUUGUCAAGGUGAAGUUUGAAAAAGAAGAUUCUCUUUUUUUUCUCAUUUGCGAAAAAUCACUAGAUAUGUUCAUGGAUUAUGUAAAAAAAUAUUACUUAAAGGGUAGCAAAAUUUUGGAAAUGAAAAAAAUAAUGAAACUGAAAGGAAAGGAACUGGACAAAUGUACUUACCUCAACUUUGUAAAUCAAGUGGAAAAUAAUUUUGUCUUCGUAUCGAAGAAUGAAAUAGAUGAAUCUUUCGGUUCUGGUAUUGUGCACGUUGCCCCUGCACAUGGAUUUUCCGACUACAACGUGUAUUACCAGAAUAAUGAACGCCGGAAGGUACACCUUGGCCAGGAGCACUACCACGAAGAUAAAGGACGAGGGGAUACGCAAAUGGAAAAUUUCACAAAAGAAGAGAAAAUUAAAAAAAAUUUUCAUAUAGGAGAAGUGAACUCCGUGGAUGAAAAUGUGAUUGAUCAGAACGAUGAUCUGAAGGAGGAGUAUGCAAAGGUGGUACGACAGAAUUGCUGGAAAAAUGCGAAUCUUAUAAGAGAGGAUGCAAUGUCGGGUAAGGGAGAAAUGAGCCCCUUGCUUAGGAACCUGUUACAUGGAGAUGUGGAAUCCACCCCCAAAAUUAACAUCAAUCGGGAGGAUAUUCACUUGAUCUUCUACUAUGCCUUCCACAAGAAUGUGUUGUUUCACUUCCCCUACGAACACCUGUACACAUACGAUUGGAGAUCGCACACAAGCGUACAGAUAAAGUCACUUCUCCAAAUUUACGUAGACAUAGAAAAGAUAAAACAGAACAAGGCAUUUUAUGAAAGCAUUAGGAGAGUGAACUUUGUGAAUGACCACGUGAAGGAUGCUUUAAUAAAAAACAUUGAGAACCGAAAUGAAUGGUGCAUAAGUAGGCAGAAGUACUGGGGGGUAAAUAUUCCCCUAAGGGAUUUAAUCAUAGGUGGAGAUUCAAAGGUUAGCUUCCGCCAACAGAUAUUGGACGUGUGGUUUGAUUCCUCCGUUUCUUAUCUCUAUGUCAUGUACAUGUGCAAGCAUAUCCUCUUCAAUCAAUAUUUUAGAAGGAUGAUCUCCUCUCGGAGGAGAAAGAAGAGCGCACACACAUUCCUAGGUAAAAGCACCAGUAGUGAUGAUCCUCCCUUUUUUAACGUAUACGAUGUGUAUAACCAAUUAGAGGGAGAAAAUAGGGGGAGAGAAGAGUCGGGGGAUGGUACGCAGAAGGAGGAUCUCCUCAACGAUAUAAUGAGGAAGAGGAAAAUAUUCGAUCCGGAAAUAAUGUACCAACGGUUAAUGAAGAGACUGAAAAGUGAAAAGAGUUAUCUGAAGUUUGGAAGUGUUAAUGAUAUUGUCCAUUCGUAUAGGAACCGAAAAAAGAAGGGUUCUUUUUUUGUGAAAGACAUGGGAAUACACCUAUGCUGUGAGGGGGUGGAUCAGAUUAGGGGGUGGUUCCAAUCCUUUUUUUUUGUUUACUUUUUCCUAAACAGUAUUCGCAAGAAGGAUGGCGUAAGGGUAGAGGCGGGGAUAAAUACGCAUAGAAAGGUCGGAGUAAAUUCCGAGAGUAACGUAUGGCCAAAGGAGGAUGACGCCCUUCCAAUCCGAAACGUAAUAGUACAUAACUACGUUGUGGAUGAAAAAAACGUAAAGUUGAGCAAAAGUUUGAACAAUGUAAUAUCCCCCCGUAAGUUGUUCCCACUACGGGGAAAUCGAAGUAGCACUACUAACGCGGUAUCAAGUGAAGGAACUUGUACCGAAGAGAAUGUUACGAGGAGAAAGAUACCACUGGAAGGAAAUGUAAUAAAAAAAAAAAAGAUUUCAAAAAGAACCCCCCCCCCUGAAGGAAAACACUUUAACGCUGACAUCGUGAGGCUGUGGGUUUGUUGCUACAACUUCGUUAACAAGAACGUAUCAGUAAGUCACAAAAUUUUGGAGGAAAUAAACAAACAUAUUUAUUUGAAGAUUUACAAUACAUUAAAAUUUCUGUUGAACAAUCUAUACGACUUUGAUUUUUCCGAUGUAAAGUUGGUGGAAGGGGAAAAAGAACUUCAAAUGAUGGACGAAUAUAUCUUGUCCAAAGGGGAUAAUACAAUACGGUUAUGCCUGAAGGCGUAUGGAAAGUUCCAGUUGCAAAUUCUUUUGAAGCAUAUAAUGAAUUUUAUUAAUCGUGAUUUGGCUAUUUACCUUGAUUACUCUAAAGAUAGACUGUACAUACAUGAGAGGAACUCCAUAAGUAGGAGGAAAUGCCAGAAGAUUUUUUACAACAUCUUGAUGGACAUGCUGAAAAUUCUAGCACCCCUUGUUCCCCACCUGUGUGAGGAUGUGUACGGUACACUACUAUCGUUGAAGGAGAAAGUUGGAAAGGUACCCCUUGAAGAAAGAAAAAGAGGCAAACACAAAUCCCUUUUCUUUUGCCAAAUGCCAACAGUUAGAAGGAGAAAAGAAGUCCACCUGGAAACCCUUUUUUUUGUAAAAUAUUUUGUACAUAAACAGAUGAAUGCAUUUCUCUCCAAUUCGCUAGAAGGCGUAGUUUAUCUGUAUUCAGAUAACGAAGAUGUAAUAAGGUUGGUGAAGCAUUUUUUGAAAACGCCUGAUCCACUAUCGAGUUUUAACAACCAUGAUGAUCUGCGCUUUCUUUUCAACGUUUCCAACGUUAUCCUAUGUGAAAACUUAAUGGACUUGAGGAAAAUGGACCCGGCGUUCCGCACGUACAAAAUUCCACUUGUUCGUGCAGGGGAGGAUGGACCACAAGAGUAUGAUGAGGUCGAUCAGCUCCUGAGGGCGAACCAAACUGAGGAAAACCCUUUCCAGGAUAUACUUCGUGCGGGAAACACGUCCAAGCAGGCCACCAUCAGCGUUGGGAUCGGCAAAUCUACCGGGGCCAAAUGCACGAGGUGUUGGAUGUACGGAACGGUCAGAGCGUUUGAAGGCGAACUCUUUUGCCCGAGGUGCCUCAGCGUGGUGAAGAAAUACUUCAAUUAG